UGCACACAGCUCGAUGACUGGAACACCAGUAUUAAGACCAAGAGUGUUUUGUGUUGAAAUCAUCAACACACAGCAGUAACCGAAGAGAGAGAGAAAAAGAACAUAUAUAUUAUUAUUUUUGCAGAGAACAUUCAAAGACAAGAAAACACAGCCAGUUCAAAACCAAACCAAAAGAAAAAUAUUAUAUUCACAUCGUGUAACCGUGGUGUGUGAGGUGCACGCUGAUACAUUAUUUUUCAUAUGAAGCAUUUUUGGCCAAACUGCUUGAGUGUGUUCGAAACAAAUUAAAGAAAAAUUGUGUAUUUGUUUCGAAUUGAUUUUCUAUAUAUACAUGUAUGUUGUUUCGUUUUGCUGCUUUUGCCGAUUUUCAACGUGUAAACUAUUUAACCAAAAAAACCGAAAUAAAAAAAAAGAAACGAGAUACUCAUUCAGAUAACAUAUUCCGAGCAUUAACCGACACAAACAAUUCAAACAGAAGAAAAAAAAAACAAAAAAAACAGAUAUAUAACAAAAUUAACCGAUAGAGAGAGAAAGAGCCAAUCAACAUCAUAAACAUGGCAACGGAUAAAAUAAAGGUUGCAGUUCGAGUACGGCCAUUCAAUCGGCGAGAAUUAGAACUAAGUACACAAUGCGUUGUGGAUAUGGAUGACCAACAGACAAUCCUGCGAAAUCCAGCGUCAAUAGAAAAACUCGAACGAAAACAACCAAAAACAUUUGCAUUCGAUCAUUGCUUUUAUUCAACGGACAAAGAUGCACCACACUUUGCAUCGCAGGAGCAUGUAUUCGAUUCGGUUGGCCGUGAUAUUUUGGAAAAUGCAUUCCAAGGAUAUAAUGCGUGCAUAUUUGCAUACGGACAGACAGGUUCUGGAAAAUCUUACACGAUGAUGGGAUCGCAAGAUAAUAAAGGAAUUAUACCAAGAUUAUGUGAUGAACUUUUCUACUCAAUUUCAACAAAACAAACGCAGGAUUUAUCAUGUAAAGUUGAAGUAUCGUAUAUGGAAAUUUAUAAUGAAAAAGUGCAUGAUUUGCUGGAUCUAAAGCCAAACAAGCAAUCGUUACGAGUGCGUGAACAUAAUUUACUUGGUCCAUAUGUGGAUGGUUUGUCACAAUUGGCGGUCACAUCAUUCGAAGACAUUGAUAAUUUAAUGACAGAAGGUAAUAAAUCGCGUACAGUAGCCGCAACGAAUAUGAAUGCCGAAUCGUCACGAUCGCAUGCUGUAUUCUCGGUGGUGCUAACACAAACCAUAACCGAUCAAAAAUCCGGUGUUACGGGUGAAAAAGUGUCACGAAUGUCGCUGGUAGAUUUGGCUGGUAGUGAACGAGCGGUUAAAACUGGUGCCGUUGGUGAUCGACUAAAAGAAGGAUCAAACAUUAAUAAAUCACUUACAACGCUCGGUCUUGUGAUAUCAAAAUUGGCCGAUGCAUCGAGUGGAAAACGAAAUGAUAAAUUUGUACCGUAUCGAGAUUCCGUACUCACAUGGUUGCUCAAAGAUAAUUUGGGUGGUAAUUCGAAAACGGUUAUGGUUGCAACAAUUUCACCAGCCGCCGAUAAUUAUGAAGAAACAUUGUCCACAUUGAGGUAUGCCGAUCGAGCGAAACGAAUUGUCAAUCAUGCUGUCAUAAAUGAAGACCCAAAUGCUCGUAUAAUUCGUGAAUUAAGAAUGGAAGUGGAAGCAUUACGAGAGAUGUUAAAACAUGCAACCGGUUCGCCGGUCGGCGAUAUUGACAUUCACGAUAAAUUGGCCGAAAGUGAAAAUCUCAUGAAACAAGUGUCACAAACGUGGGAAGAGAAAUUGGUGAAAACGGAACGUAUUCAAAAUGCGCGUCAACAAGCGCUGGAAAAAAUGGGCAUCAGUGUACAGGCGAGCGGCAUUCAAGUGGAAAAGAAUAAAUUUUAUUUAGUUAAUUUAAAUGCGGAUCCAUCGCUCAAUGAAUUGUUGGUGUAUUAUUUAAAAGAUCGAACAUUGGUUGGCGGUAUAAGUUGUACAAUACCACAGCCCGACAUUCAACUCAAUGGUUUGGGCAUUCAAGACGAACAUUGUACACUGUCAAUUGAAGAUGGUAGCCUAUUUAUGGAGCCAAUAAAUAAUGCACGUUCAUUUGUAAAUGGUUCGGCGGUAACAUCGAAAACAUUGUUGCGACAUGGUGACCGUAUUUUAUGGGGAAAUCAUCAUUUUUUCCGUGUAAAUUGUCCAAAAACAGCAAAAAAUGGAUCAAAUCAUUCAUCCGAACCACAAACACCAGCACAAACCAUUGAUUAUGCAUUUGCGCGCGAAGAACUUAUGCAAAAUGAAAUGAGUAACGAUCCAAUUCAAGCGGCCAUCGAACAAUUGGAGCGACAACAUGAAGAGGACAAACAAACCGCAUUGGAGAAACAACGAUUGGAAUAUGAACGUCAAUUUCAAAAGUUGCGAAACAUUUUAUCACCAACAACACCAUAUGCACCAUACAUUCCAUACGAUCCGUUGAAAGUGGGCAAAGUGGCCAGCACACCAACUACACAAAUGCGCGUCGAAAAAUGGGCACAAGAACGGGAUGAAAUGUUUCGGCGAUCACUUGGUCAACUCAAAGCCGACAUUGUACGUGCCAACGCAUUGGUACAAGAGGCCAACGUACUUGCCGAAGAAAUGGAAAAACAAACCAAAUUUAGCGUUACACUACAAAUUCCACCGGCCAACCUCAGUCCAAAUCGACGGCGCGGAGCGUUCGUAAGUGAACCGGCCAUUUUGGUGCGUCGCGUUAAUUCGGGCAGCCAAGUUUGGAGCAUGGAAAAGCUAGAAAAUAAAUUGGUCGAUAUGAGAGACAUGUACCAGGAAUACAAAGAACGAUUGAUUAGCGGACGUCCCAUUGUGGAUCCUCGUGUGGAUAAUGAUGAUGAUGAGGACGAUGAAUCGAUUAAAACAUUGGAUCCAUUUUAUGAGUCUCAAGAGAAUCACAAUUUAAUUGGUGUUGCAAAUAUAUUUCUUGAUGUAUUGUUCCACGAUGUGAAAUUGGACUAUCAUACGCCAAUCAUAAGUCAACAAGGUGAAGUGGCGGGUCGUUUACAAGUGGAAAUCAGCCGAACGGCCGGUCAAUUGCCACAAGAUCGAAUGUGUGAAACAGCAUCCGACUCAUCGUCCGAUUAUCGUGACGAUGAUUACAUGAAUGAUUCGAUAAAUAAUCAAGUUACAUGUCGUAUAACAAUUAAACAAGCAACCGGUUUACCAUUGUCACUAUCAAAUUUCGUAUUUUGCCAGUACACAUUUUGGAAUCAUCAAGAAACCGUUGUACCGGUUGUUAACUCCGAAGCGCCACGUCACAAUCAAAAUAUGUCAUUCAAUUUUGAUCAUUCGCAAGAAUAUACGGUCACAAUAAAUGAAGAAUUCCUUGAACAUUGUUCGGAGGGUGCAUUAUCGAUUGAAGUAUGGGGUCAUCGAUCGGCUGGUUUUUCACGUAACAAAGGCUGGGAGGUGGAACAACAACAAGCCAAAGCCCGUUCAUUGGUCGAUCGUUGGGCCGAAUUGUCGCGUAAAAUUGAAUUAUGGAUGGAAAUUCAUGAGCUAAACGAUAAUGGUGAAUAUACACCGGUCGAAGUGACCAAUCGUACGGACGUACUAACCGGUGGCAUUUAUCAAUUGCGACAAGGACAACAGCGUCGCAUUCAAGUGCGCGUUAAACCGGUACAAAAUUCCGGCACAUUGCCAAUUAUAUGUCAAUCAAUUUUAAAUAUUGCCGUUGGCAGUGUAACUGUACGCUCAAAAUUACAAAAACCAAUGGAUUCGUAUCAAGAGGAAGAUUUAACGGUGUUACGUGAAAAAUGGAGUGAAGCGUUGGGACGCCGUCGCAAAUAUUUAGAUCAACAAAUUCAAAAGCUUAUUAACAAAGAGGAUAAAACGGAAGAGGAACGUGAACGUGAAUUGAGUUUGGUCCAUCAAUGGAUUUCAUUGACCGAAGAACGAAAUUCAGUGCUUGUUCCAGCCGCUGGAUGUGGCAUACCCGGUGCUCCGGCCAAUUGGUGUCCACCACAUGGCAUGGAACCGCAUGUUCCAGUUUUAUUCUUAGAUCUCAAUGCCGACGAUAUGAGCGCACAAAAUUCGAAUGAAGAGGUGCCCAUUGCCGGAAUCAAUUCCAUUUUACCCAAAGAGCACGGAAAUAAAUUUUAUACAUUGCAAAUUCUGCAGCAUUUAGAGAAGGAUGUGUGUGCCAUUGUUAGCUGGGAUUCGUCACUGCAUGAUAGCCAAGCAUUGAAUCGCGUCACUGAAGCCAAUGAACGGGUAUAUUUAAUUUUGAAAACAACUGUACGCUUAUCACAUCCAGCACCAAUGGAUUUGGUACUUCGCAAGCGAAUUAGUUUAAAUAUUUAUAAACGUCAAAGCAUCGCGGAGCGUUUAAAGAAAUCAAAAUGGUUGGGACGCAGUGAUUUGAAUAUUACACAGACUGGUGUUACCUAUGAAGUUGUAUCCAAUAUACCAAAAGCAUCGGAAGAACUGGAAGAUCGUGAAUCAUUGGCUCAAUUGGCGGCCAGCGGUGAAGAUAGUUCAGCAUGCGAUGGCGAAACAUACAUCGAAAAAUACACGCGUGGUGUGUCGGCAGUUGAAAGUAUUUUAACAUUGGAUCGUCUGCGGCAAAGUGUUGCAAUUAAAGAGCUAGAACAAAGCCAUGGUCAAUCAUUGUCAAUGCGAAAGACCGUCAGCGUACCAAAUUUCUCACAGGCUGUGAAAGACACAACACACAAUAUUGGAAUUAUGCGUUUUGAUGCAUCGAUGGAAUCACUGAUCAACACCGGACGCUCUGAAUCAUUCGUUGAUCUUAACGAAAGCGAUUUAGCACUAUCCAGAUCGGUUUUGAAUCAAGGUCGUGACAUGUUUAUUUCGUAUCAAGGUCAUGGCGGUGCAAAAGGCAUAAAUGAUGAAUCAAUCAGUGGAUCGUCAAAACAAUAUGGACUCGGCUCUAUCCUGUCAGCUCGACCAACAUUCUUGAAUCUAAAUUUAAAUCUGAAUUCACUGCGCCUGCAACAAACGUCUUCAAAACCAUCGCCGGCAAGUGGUAAGCUUGGCUUACGAAUGACGACACUGCACGAAGAGCCAUCAUCACGUCACACCUUAAGCGAAGAAGUUGAAGAAAAUUAUAGUGACUCUGAAUUGAAUCAAUUUGAUGAGAGUGCCGUUCGAAAGCCACCAUUAAAAUCACGUUUUCCCACAAGCAAAACGAUGGGCUCAUUACGUGAUAUCGGAAACAAUUAUCCAUCGAUAAGUAGUUCAACGUGUAUUUCAAAUAAUGUGACAAAAAACGUGCGAAAAAACGCGACAAACGCCUCGAAUAAACCAUUAGCAUCCGGCACGCCAAGCAUGACCUCAUCCACAUCAUCUAGUGGCUAUGGAUCACAGGCGGUUAGCAAUAGCAAUCUUACAAAUGACGAUGCUUUGUCGCUACGCUCAAUGAGUGUUGAUGAGACUCCAGAUUUUGAUCGAAUUGGUUCGUCGCCGCCGAAACAAAAUUCACAAUUGACGACGACACCAUAUACGCCGGGUAGUGGACAAAAACGAUUCAAUCCAUUCAUGAAAGAUACACCAUCAUCGAUUUCAGACUCACCAUCGGAUAGUCCAAACGAUAAAGCGAUACAAUCGAAACAAACAAUCGCUCAACAAAAUGAACAACAAAAUGACGAAAAUAAAAACAUUAUUAUUCUAAACGACGAUAACAACCAAAACGUACUCAACACACAAAAUAAAGAAAAUCACAAUCAAACAUUGUCACAAACAACAACCACCACCACCAACAAUACAACACCAAAGACAUUUAUUGAAGAUGAAACAACCGCGACAACACCAGUUAAAAUGAUCAACAACGAUUCUGAUGCAAAUGAAAUGAACUUAUCACAUAGCGAAACCCCAUUACCCGAAUGGAUCACGCUCAACGAAUCAGUCCUCAUUAGGCCAUACAACCAUAGCGGUGUCAUCAGUUUUAUUGGACCAACACAUUUUUCGAGCGGUACAUGGAUUGGAGUCGAAUUAGAUACGCCACAGGGUAAAAAUGAUGGAACCGUUCAAAAUAUUCAAUACUUUUCAUGCAAACCCAAACAUGGCAUUUUCGUACGAGGUGAUAAACUAAUUCAAGACAAACGCGGCAAAGCUAUGCGAGCUUAUAAAGCGGAAAAACUAGCCAAAGAGCGUGAAAGUUCAUUGACGCGUUCAAAGAGCCGUGGUGAUUCAUUGAAUACAGUUGGAACGGCGCGUAAGUGAUUGUAUCGGAAAUGUUCUCACGACAUUGAUACGGUUAUAACGCAUCCAUCAACAGCCGAUCGUCCGCCGUCCGGUCGAAAAGUCAAUCGUCGACCGAUGAUCAAGUCGAAAUCAAUGCAAAGUGGGAACAUUUCAUCUCCAAAGCUAAUAAAUCGCAAAUGGAAAUAUUAGAAGUAAUUUAUAAAAAAAAACCAACAACACAAAGUUCAUCCGCACUAUGAAACGUUAUAAACAAAAUGACAUUUUCAAUAAAUGUGUAAUAAUGCAAGUUAUAUAUGUUAAAACUGUCCGAGAGUGGUCAGCACAAAACAAAAUGUGAGAACAAAAACCAGCAAAAGCAACAAAAGAAACAUAUUGAUGUUGUUAUAAACAUACAUUCACACACACACACACACACACACACACACACACACACACACACACAAAAACACACGAAACUAUGCAAUAAUAUGAAGAAGAAAAAAAUGAGUAGCCCGUGUUUUCUCUAUGUGCCUUUGAAAUGGCACGGACGCAGAAGUCUGCACCUUUGCGUAUAUUUAUAAAGAAUGAAAGAAAUGUGAGAGUGUAGCUAUAUAUGUGUAUGUGUGCGACAUUAGUUGUACGUCUGAAUACAAGUGAACAGUAUCAUCAUUGAAUACGCAAAGGUGCAGAUUUCUGCGAUUGUGCCAUUUGAAAGGCACAACGAGGGAACACGGGAAGAAUGAUAGAAAAGAACUUGUUGUGUUGUGAAUGCAAAAGAAAAAAAAACAACACACAAAUACAAAAUUAUGAAUUAAAUUUAAAAAAAGACGGGAAAAAGCAAGAAAAAAAAUUAGAAAACCUAAAGUAAUAAAUUAAAGCAUAUCGUUUAAAUUAAUUUCUAUAUUUCUUGUGCAAACAUUUUUUUGCGUUUUCUCUGUAUUUCUAUCGAUAGCAAAAUAUUUAGGCAUUGCAAACUCAAUCACACUGAACAAUGACACAUGCGAACGAGAGUGAUAUAGAUAAAAAAAAAUCUUUCGACCAAUUUAUUUGUUUGCUUCUCUAAAGACAAAAAUCUUGGUUAGUUUCAUCCGAGCCCAAUAUCUUUUUGUGUCAAUACAUAAUCAAAUCCCAUUGUUUUUGUUGCCGAAAAUAAUAUGCAUAGGUUGCUUUCUGUGUGAAUGAAAACGUUGAAUGAAAAAAUUUAAUGAAACAAAUAUUCUGACAAAAAAAUAUUAUAACAUUAUGAAAGUAGAAUUUAAACGCUUUCGGUGUCAAAGUGUGAUUUUAGUUUAAAUUUUAGAAUAACAUCAUAAUUUCCGUGCAACAAAAAAAUCUCUGAUUCCGUAUUAUAUUUUAUAAAUUAUUUUGAAUUGGUUUUUUUACACCAUCAAAAUGGUGGCGAGAAAAAAAAACGAUGAAAAAUUUGGUGCAUAAAUAUGGUACUGAUUACAGCUGAAUUGCGAUGUUACAGGCCGUAAAAUUUUACGACAAAUGUACAUCCUUAUGAGAGACGUGCGUUUGUAAUAAUUUUUUAUUUCAGUCUGCCGAAAAAUAAAACAACAAACAAAAUAACAUUUUUUUACCAAUUUUGAGCUUUCAGUUCUUGUAUCUUAUGAAUUUAGUCCGAUUUUAAUUCGUUUAAUUUCAAGAAUUUUUCUUUGUUCGUGUAAUAUCGCACAUGAAUUUUUAGAUAUGAUUUAUAUUGUUAAAGUUAUUAGGUGUUAAUAAAUUAUGCAUGUUUGUAUAUAUAUACAAUAACUGUAAAACUAUACUGUCCAAAUGAAACAUAAAGGAAAGAAAUAACAAGACACAAUGAUAGAAACUAACAAAAAUCGACGAAAAAGAAGAAUGAAAAGGCUAGACCCUCAAUGAGAUCGAAACAGAGAGAGAAUUACACAAUGAAUAAACCAUUUUAUUUUAAUUAAUUUUGAUCGAUAGCAAUAAAUUGUGAACAAUGGGACAAAAGUAAAAUUGAGUAUGUCUGUAGGAUAAAUCAGAAACUUAAAAAUCUAAUAAUAAUUGAACAUUUUUCGAAAUGAUAUGUAUUAAGUAAAUGUGAAAGAUAAAAAGAGAGAAAAAAAUUUGGAAUAUUUUAUGAAUUGGAUUUUAAGGGAAAUCAAUAAAUGAUUUUUUUAAACUAUAAGCACACACACACGCAAAAGAAAAGAAAAUACGGCGUACGCACGCUGCUUGCCUUAUUUGUUUUUUUUUACAUGUAUUAUUUUGAGAUUUUUCUUUUAAAAUUAAAUCUCGUUUUUUUAGUUCAAAUUGUAUAAAAGAAUAUUGUAUUAUAAACAACAUUCCGUUUUGAAAAAAAGACAUUGUUUUCGUUUUUUUCUAUGGUUUAAUCUAUGUUUUGUUUUUCUGUUAAUUUUUCUUUUUAUUGCCCGAUUCUCAUUAUAAGUGUAUUUUCUUAUUUUGAUCAUCACUUGCUACUCAAAAUACCAUAUAUAUAUUUUUGCACAUCUUUUUGCCGAAGAUAUGCCUUCGAAAUUGUAGCCGAAACGAUGAUAAACGAAUCAAAAUUCAAUCAUCGAUAACAAUCAAUUAAAUAAUAAUUACAUAAAAACUUCGUUUGAAAUGCAAAAUUAGUGACAACAUAAAAUAAAUGGAUUUUGCCAUAUCUAUGCAAAUUAAAUUCUUGCCUAUUACAUCCGAUUUUUUUUAUCGCACAAUAACAUCGAAUGUGUUCUUUCUUGGUUCUAAUAAUUUUGUGCAUCUAAAAAUUGUAAACCAAUAAGAAACAAUACUAUUUAGCUUCUCGCGGUCACAUAAACAAUGACAUACAUAAGAAGGUUUGUCAAUGAAUUGCAGACAAUGUACUGAGAUGAAAAUAGGUGUCUCUUGUUUUAACUGGGCGUUAAAGCUAAUUUCAGUCAGAUAAUUUCUUUCACCAAGCCCCAAAUAUCCCAGUACAAUGUCUAGGGAGAUUGUUUCUUUUGUGUCAAGCAUUCGCUCUUUACCAGCACGAUGACAAGUAUUUUCACCAUUGAAUAAAGGAUUUAUGGCGAUAAAAAAUAUGAAGGAAAUAUUAAUCAAACGAUCGAAUGAUUUCUUUUCAAACAUAUUCUUUAGUAAAUUAAAAAAAUCCAAAUGUUUUCACAGUGAAAAAAUGCGCUUCGUUCGUUUUGUUUAUUAUCAUUUAAUAUAUCAUUGUUUAUUAUCGUUCAAUAACGAUGCCUGUUACUCGUCCGUACCACCUUUCGCCCAUAAAUUUCCAAUCACACAUAUUCAAAUUUCGUGAAUUUUAUCAAUGAAAAGAUUUUUUUAAAAACAUUUUCUCAUCAAAUAAUUUUUGACACCUUCAACAGCGGAAAUCAUUUUUAACGAUGAUAAUUGUUGAUGUCCCCUAGAAACAUUUCAAAUCAUUUGUUAUUAAUCAAAGUAAUUUUAUAUUGAUAUGCAGUUAUGUAAUUUUUUGUUUAACGAACAAACAUUUCACAAAUUAAUCGAGAACAUAACAUGAAGUCGUACUUAGUAAGCGUCAAAAGAGUAUUGUUUACUUGUCAGGAGUCGCUCCUGAAUUCGUAUUACUAUACAGCGCACCUUUCAUAGCUAGGAGCGGAUCCCAGCAAGCGUGCUCUUUGUGAUUGAUAAUUUCCUGCUCUGAUCCUGAGAAUCGACAAAGUAGCGGCUGAUACAGAUCCAAAAAUGUAAUAAAAAUGUCAUUUUUCGUGCAUGUAAAAUGCUUGUGUGAGUAUAAUCCAGCUGAAAUGAAAUUAAAGUGAAAAAAGUGAGAGAAAAGCAAAAAAGGUCCCAAAUAAAAACCGAUAAAGAUAUUGAAUCACAUUCUCAAAUUGUUGAAAGAUUUUGUUAAUUUUGAUGAUGUAUAAUUGGCAAUUUGACAAUUCUUUUAUCACAGCACACAUUUUUUUCAGAAAAAAAUCCCAAAACAAAAAGAAAUAAACUUCAUGGUAAUAGUUGUCGAUACAUGAGGGAGGCUUCUAUGAUAGAGAAAGUCGAAUAUGACAGAUGACAUGAUAAAUAACCGCCCGUAGUCAUAGAUGAAAUGAAACACACAUACACAAAUACUUAGAAAAGUAAAAAAAAAUGCGUCCCUCUACACAAAUUUAUGACGAGAAAAUGAUGAUAUAUAAGCAAUUUGCAAACUGUCCAUUGUUAAAAUGAUAGCUCAUAUUCAAAUGAAAAUUGAAUUAAAACCAAAAAAACCAAAGAAGAAGAAAAAAGUCGGUGAAAAAAACGUUUUUCUUUCAUUCUCCAAGAAAUAAAGCAAGACCAACACUCAAAUUACGUCCUGUGGUUGUUAUUAUUGGAAUUUACUGAGCAUUCAGAAAAACGAACCACACAAAAUGUGAAAAAUCAAUGAAAUUACAUAAUUUUUAUUAGAAUAAAAGACAAAAAUAAAAUUAAAUCUCACAUUGAACAUGAUUAGAUCCAUCCAUUUCUAUUUAGGAUAUUUGUAGUGAUAUUAAAAUCCAUUGACAUUUUUGAAAUAAACGUAUCGCAUGCAUGUCCUUUUUAGAUAAUAAUUACAUUGAAAUCCCAUUGAGAACAAGAACAACAACAACAUUAAUACACAUAUUAUUGUCAUUUGUACUAGAACAAAAACUGUCCAUUUAAUCCGUUUGAUUUGAAUAGCAAAACACUCGUUACAACCGAUAAAUGGAAUCGAUGAUCAUUCUUUUUUCAUCACGAUGCGAUAAUAGUAGAUUUAUCCACAGGCUGAUGUUCAGAAGAGGGAGAAUGGUGAAAAAAUGAAAAAAUCGAAGAAGGAAAGAGCGAGAUCCCCAUUGGGAGGAAUGGAAAUAAUUUUGCUUAAAAGGUCAGUUCUAGCAGAAAAGUAAAGGGGAGAAUUAUUUUUCACCAUUUCCCCUUCGCUGAGCACCGGUCUCUGAAUAUAUCAUUUAAAUUCAUCAACAUGUGAACUGUUUUGCUCACAUCCGGUAUCAUAAAUAGCUCGUUUUAUUGCCGACCCGAGCCAAAUAUAAAUAUUAUAACUAACAUCUACACUCCACUAUACUCUGAUAAUCUUGUUUACAUACAUUUAACAACAAAUAAAUUGAUAUACGUAGCCCAUAGAUGUGUGGAACAACAAUUAUAACAUCUACAAAUAACAACAGCCAAAAUGAAUAUCUUACGAAUAAGUAUAGAAAGUGAUUUUGUUCUCUUUUCUAAUGUCACCAAUAAAAAAGCCGUCAGUCCAAUUCUCUCCAGCAAACAAAAACAAAUUACAUUCAAUAACACAUUCAUCAAUUAAGUAAUAAUAAUAUUUAACAAACUGCAAAAAUGUAUCUCUUUUUAACAGAGAAAACGUUACGUCCGAAAUGAAUUUAGCCCUCAGCCCUUCCUAAACAGAAUGAAUCACACAUAAAAGGGUAAACGUCAUGUAAUUUGAUGUACAAUUCCACAAACAUUUUUCGAUGACAUAGAAUAUGCAACGAUUUUACAUUCAAUCAAAAUGUACAAUUUCGUAUUGAAUUUUGCUUAACGCAUUUGAUAUCACUCCAAUCAUUUUUUUGCAUCGAAAAAUCUUCGGAAUUAAUUUGAUUCGAUGUUCAUUCAGUUCUGAACAAAUCACGGUGAAAUUAAAAAAAAAAUCAAAAUAAAUGCACUUUUGUCUAAACUAACCAGUAAACGUUCAAAUAUGUCACAUCCCGAUUUUCGAUUUUUUGCAUUUAAUCGGUAGAGAGACCCAAAAAAAAAAAUAAUUUGAACCAUUUUUGCCCAAAUUCAUAUUUGCGCUUUUUAGGCAAAAAAUCGAAAAUCGGGAUGUGACAUAUUUGAACGUUUACUGGUAAGCGUCUAUUUAAAUGUCUAUCUAGAUCUAUUCUAAUCAAUUGAUUCUGUGCGCUUUUUGGGACUAAUCGAUUUUCAAUUUAAGAUCAUUUUUUUCUAAUACAAGAGCAGCAAAAAAUGCUUAGAUUGAAAUCCGAUAUGCAUGCAGAUAUGUUUCCGAAACAAAUUGGAAUCAUUAAAUUAUAUUGCUUACUAAUAUUUUCAUAAGAACUCUCAACAGAAUGAAUAUUUCCGCUGAAGUAUUUAAAAAAUUCACAAUCUCCAGUUUUCCACAUAUUUACACUCUUUAAGACCCUGCUCGCACAGAACCAUUUACUCGACGCAAUUUCAUCAAUGGCAUUGAUCCAAUUGAUUCAUGAAAACAUUUCAAUCAUUCGCAUGUCACAUGAUCGAUGGCUUUACUUACUAUAAACGUAUCAUUCCAUUGGAGCACAGCUUACACAUUUAAAAUAAGUUCAUGAAACCAAAAAGAGAUAACUAAUCUCGUCGACUUAUUGUUAGAAUUUAGAAACAAAUUUAUGCAAGGCUUUUAUUCGAAAAAGAAAGUCAAAUCAUCAAAAGUCCAAACAUUUUUACCGAAAAAUCCUUUUAAAAUGAUCCAUUUUGGAUAAAAACCGAUAUUACAUUAACAAAAGUAGAUUUGCUUUGCUUUCGCUUAAUCGCAUGAGACAAGACAGUACAGUAACUCUCAUCCAUAUAAUAAGAAAUGUAAUUAAGUUUCAUUGCAUGAUCAAAUACGGUUACGUUUUAUUGUCAUAUUAGUGAAAACAAACACCAAUACAAUACAUUAUUUAUAAACAUUUACCGUUAUGCCUGUGACAACAUAAUAAAAUAAACCCAAAACAGAACACACACACACAUACACAUAUAUAAAUUAAUGAACAUGAACACACAUUUUUCACAACUUAAAAUGAACAUUUAUUAUUCUCUUGAAUAUUUUUAAUUUUAAUUUCACCGUUUCUAAAAUAGCAACACAACAUAGAAUAGUGAGAGCGAGAAAGUGUGUGACAGAGAGAGAGAGAGAAAUAUACAAAGAGGCAUCUAUGAAUAGCAAAAUGAAAGCAACUCUCAAAAAAAAAAA